AUGGUCUCGAUUGGCACUUCGCACUCUGAGGACUUUUCUCUGUCUCCUGUGCUCGUGGAGGCUGUCUUGGCUGCAUCUACUGCACCUAACUCUGCUAGCACUGGCCGUUUGGGGGCACUAGCUGCCGGUAACAACCCUCAGUUCUGGGAUCCCAAGAUUCACACUGACCAGGCAGCAAACACACUCAUGCUUCUCAUGAGCAAAUGUGAGGCUGCCCGAGGUAAAGGGAACUCUGGCGCAGAUCCAUUGUGCUUUGUCGUGCAUAGUGAACCUUUGCUCCCUGAGGCCGCAGAGGCGAAAUGUGAGGUCGUCCCCGAGUUCUCCCUUGAGGACUUCGAGAACACUGAAUUGACAGUUCUCCACCUGCAUCUUAAUCCAGACAUCCUGAAGCAAAAGUUCUCGGGGAAGAAGGCUGAGGUCAAACAACAUGGACCUGAAGAGACUCUAGGCGUGCAUGACUGGAAAAUGAAAGACAUGCCUGACCCUCACGGGCACUACCACACUGUGAUGGAUCUUUUCCAGUUGGAAAGGGUGCCAGUGGUGGUGCUGAAUGUCAAGAUAUUCACAAGGGCCAUGCCUGUGGUGGCUGAAGUGGUCAUGCGACUGUGGACCUUCGCGCCAGAUGGGAAGCACGAGAAAGGCUUCAGGAUCUAUCAGACGACACUGAAGUCCUUGAAGUUGCUUCCCAAUGGCAGGGAGCCAAUCACAACAUUGGCUAAAGGAUCUGGCGAGAGUCUGAAUGCCAGAGGAAAGUGUAAGGCAGAUGGUGUGGCCAACAAUGGAGGACCUGCCAAGAAGAGCCAGAAGGUGACCAUCGGCUGGAGGCCACAUCAGAACAACGAGAUACGAAGAGCUAUCAAAUUCAUAUCGGAAGUCAAUGCAAACCAUGAUGAGGGACAGAAGUGGAGCCUUGUUGCGUACUCGUUCAUUGGUGCACUUAAUGGGCCAGUACUUGGACUGCAUGCCCGACCUCGUGGCACAUGCUCAGCGGUCAUGGAUCGACAGCAAAAGACCUCAACCUCAUUACUCCCUCUGGGGAUAACACUGAUGAAUGGGCAUGUUGUCACCAAAGAAGCGGAUGGAAGGAGAGGCACACAUGAGCCGACAAACGUAGGUUGUAUGACGACUGAUGAUUUCAGAGUCGAAAGAACGACGGAGUUCCUGGGAAAAGAAUGUGGGAGGGCGUGCCCUACCCUCUGGCGCAAUGUAUUGGACGAUGAAGAGAAAAUGUUGCUGUUGGAAUGGGAUGACAGACUGUUUGGUGUCUGGCUGGUGCAUUGUCAGAAUUCGCUCUGUGCUUACAACCCAAACAACAACUCACGAGCUGUGCGACCUACCACCACAGCCUGCGCCAUUGAUCGUGUCAGAGAUACAGGUGCAGGAGGCAUGGAUCACACAGCACUGGCCGGACUAUCAAGCCAUUUUGCAAGGCAUGCUAUAUGUGACAAGGGCGGAAAAACCACACCUGGUAUCAGUCCCACUGCGAGAUGGGGUGGACAGUCUGGUUGA